AUUUCGUUAUUUAAUCGUCCAUCGAUUGUAAAGUGAUUGCAAUUUUCACCGGUACUUUAAUCAGUGCAGUGAUGAGUCUUCAAACUAUCCCGCGCUUAUUCUGCCAACAAAUCCGGGCCUACAGUUACAAACCGGUGAAACGAGUGUCUCUCCCACCGGCCAGCAAGCUGCCUCCGAAAGCGGAAACUGCCACCACUAAUUUAUCGCUCAAACAUGACCUCCAAUCGCGGAUCCGUGCAACCGGCCCGAUUCCGGUGGCAACCUACAUGAAACAGGUUCUGACCAAUCCGUCCGCGGGUUACUACAUGACCAGCCGGGACGUGUUCGGGAGCAAAGGCGAUUUCAUCACCUCACCGGAAAUCGGUCAAAUUUUUGGGGAAAUGAUUGCGGUGUGGUGUGUAAAUGAAUGGUCCAAGUUUGGUCGACCGGUUCCGUUUCAGUUGAUCGAAUUGGGACCCGGUAAGGGAACGAUGAUGCGAGAUGUUCUGCGGGUAUUUGAUAAGCUGAAGGUUAGCCAGGGAAUGGCGGUGCAGAUGGUGGAGAUGAGUGAGCAUUUGAGCGAAGUGCAAGCGAGGCUGUUGUGUAGGAGCAGUAUGGAGUACACGGAUAAGCCUUAUUACCGAUCGGGAAUUACGGCCAGUGGGACAAAGAUUUACUGGUAUCGACAGCUGGAGGAUGUUCCCGAAGGAUUUGCAGUGGUGCUGGCGCACGAAUUUUUCGAUGCACUUCCGGUUCAUAAGUUCGUCAAGCAGGACAAUGCUUGGAAAGAGGUGCUGAUUGAUAUUGAGCCGAAGAGCGAGGACGGGUUCCGAUUUAUCGUGUCCAAGUCGGAAACGCCGAUGCUAAGGUUGUUCCUGAACAACUAUCCCGAUUUGGUCAAAGAUAGGAAUCAGAUUGAGAUUUCAUUUGAGGCGGAAACAAUCAUUCGACAAAUUGGAUCGCGAUUCAAUGGUAAUGGAGGAUUUGGUCUGGUGGUCGAUUACGGCCAUUUGGGGGAGAAAGGCGACACGUUUAGAGCAUUUAAAAAUCACAAACUGCACGACCCUCUGCAGGAGCCGGGAAGUGCCGAUUUAACUGCGGAUGUGGACUUUAGUUUAUUGAGUCGGUUUUGUGAGGACACGACACAGCUGGUGACGAUUGGACCGACCAGUCAGCGGGCGUUUUUGGAAGCAGCCGGCGCACAGGAGCGAUUGAAUGUUCUUAUGGGAAACGGCGGUUUAAGUGAAGAGGAAAAACAGCGACUUUCGGAUGGGUUCCGGAUGCUGACUGAUCCGGAGCAGAUGGGCGAGAGGUUUAAAUUUUUCGGGCUCUACCCGAAAGAGUUGGAGAGUUUUGUUAAGCAGAAGUUUUGAAAUAUUGUAUUAAAUAUGUUGAGUUUUGAAAAA